GGACAAAGUGCCUCUCCAAACUUUCAAACCAAAAACUCAAACGGUCACCAAUUUUGAAUUUAACCCAUCCGAACUUUCAAUCGAAACCUUUCUCCACCGUCCGAUCAUCCCCGUCACACAUCCUCAUUUUCCCUCAAAAACACUUGAUUUCAAAUCUCUCUUGCUUUCCCUGUCUCUCUCUUAAAAUUUUCUCUCAUCCCAAACAGCUUACAGCUCUUACUUUCCGUUCAAUUCCCUCCCUAAUCUCCCAAAUUCCCUUGGUUUUUUCAUUGGCUUCAAACCCUAAAUCUGCACUUCCUCUCGCCACUUUUUAACAAAAAGGAGGCCGAAAUUUAUUCUGUGGGAAAAUGCCGUUCAUUUCCGAGGCGGCGAGUGCAAUCAAAAGCCGGUUCGGUUUCCAUAACCUCUCUACUUCCGAAGUGGCACCGGCGACGGUGCCAAGCCCUCCAGAUCUGCUGAAAUCGGUGUCUCGAGAGAACUCCAGCCUGUCUCUAGUUGCCGCGUCGGCAGUUCGGAGUAUAGGUGAAUGGGAGGAUGAUGCUGACGCAAGCAGUGGAUCAAUGGCGCAGCAGCAGACUCAGAGCUUUGAGUUCUGUGAGGAUCCGUCUUUCUGGAAGGAUCACAAUGUGCAGGUUAUUAUCAGAAUACGUCCACUGAGUAGUUCAGAAAUCUCUCUACAAGGACAUAGCAAGUGUGUUAGGCAAGAGAGCUGUCAGACAAUCUCUUGGACAGGGCAUCCAGAGUCACGUUUUACCUUUGAUCUCGUAGCAGACGAGAGUGUUAGCCAGGAGAAACUGUUCAAAGUGGCUGGAUUGCCGAUGGUGGACAAUUGCAUUGGAGGCUAUAAUAGUUGCAUGUUUGCAUAUGGCCAAACAGGAAGUGGGAAGACUCAUACAGUGCUUGGAGAUAUUGAGGGAGGCACUAGAAGACAUAGUGUUAAUUGUGGAAUGACCCCAAGAGUAUUUGAAUAUUUGUUCUCCAGAAUCCAGAAGGAGAAAGAAGGUCGAAAAGAUGAAAACUUAAAAUUUAUUUGUAAAUGCUCAUUUUUGGAAAUAUAUAAUGAGCAGAUACUUGAUCUUUUGGACCCAUCAUCUAGUAAUUUACAGAUAAGAGAAGAUGUGAAGAAAGGGGUUCAUGUAGAAAACCUUAAGGAGAUAAAAGUUACAAAUGCUCGAGAUGUGAUUCAACAACUUAUUCAGGGUGCAUCUAAUAGAAAAGUAGCGGCUACUAACAUGAAUUGUGCAAGUAGUCUUUCUCACAGUGUCUUUACAUGUAUCAUUGAAAGUAAGUGGGAAUCUCAAGGUGUAACUCACCACCGUUUUGCACGACUCAAUCUUGUUGAUUUAGCAGGAUCUGAGAGGCAGAAGAGUUCCGGUGCUGAAGGUGAACGUCUCAAGGAAGCUACUAAUAUCAACAAGUCUCUUUCAACAUUAGGACUUGUGAUUAUGAACCUUGUAAGUAUAUCCAAUGGAAAGUCACUCCAUGUCCCUUAUCGAGAUUCCAAGCUUACAUUUUUGCUUCAAGAUUCACUGGGAGGCAAUUCAAAAACUAUUAUAAUUGCAAAUAUUAGCCCAUCUCUUUGCUGUUCACUGGAGACAUUAAGCACAUUGAAGUUUGCACAACGUGCGAAAUUCAUUAAGAACAAUGCAAUUGUUAAUGAAGAUGCAUCAGGAGAUGUUAUUGCCAUGCGAAUGCAAAUCCAACAGCUUAAGAAAGAAGUGUCCCACCUACGGAAUUUAGUCAAUGGGGGAGCUGAAAAUCUAGAUAAUGAUACUUCAAUUAUAAGCUGUGCAGGAUCUCCAGGACCCUUUAAAUGGGAAGGGCUUCAUGGAUCAUUUAGUCCAUUUGUGUCUGAAAAAAGGACAUCUCAGAAGAAAGACUUUGAAGUUGCCCUUGUUGGGGCUUUUAGGAGGGAAAAAGAUAAGGAUAUUGCAUUGAAGGCACUGGCAGCUGAAAAUCAAGCAGCUAUGCAGCUGGCCAAGCAAAGACAGGAUAAGAUACAAGGUCUAAAAAUGAGGUUACGAUUCCGAGAAGCAGGAAUCAAACGGCUAUAGGCAGUUGCUUGUGGAAAGAUUUCGGCUGAGACAUAUUUGUUGAAAGAAAAGGAGGAGCACCUGAAGGAAAUUGAAGUUUUACGUACCCAGGUGGAUCGGAAUCAAGAAGUUACAAGAUUUGCUAUGGAAAAUUUGCGGUUAAAGGAAGAAAUUAGAAGAUUGAAGUCAUUUUAUGAAGAAGGUGAAAGGGAGAUGAUGAGUGAACAGAUCAAUGUGUUACAGAACAAGUUGCUUGAAGCUCUUGAUUGGAAACUUAUGCACGAAUCAGAUAGCUCGGCAGUUCAGAAAGCAGAUGUGGAUGUGAAGGCAGAAGUUCUUCAUGAUCCAGAAAUUUCUAAUAAGGAACCAGGAACACCUUGGCGCUCUUCAAUUAAUGAGGAGAAUGAAUUCCUUCGGAUGCAGGCUAUUCAAAACAAGGCAGAAAUUGACACACUCCACGAGAAGUUGGGCUUCUGCCUUGAAGAGAAAGAAAAAUUGGAAAGGCAUGCCAAUGAUCUGUUAACUAGACUUGAAGAAGAGAGAUCUCUUAGGGACCUAAAGAAAGGAAUACAGCAAAUUGAGAUUUCUCCUUUGUCAACUGUUGCAUCAGUUAUUAAUGAUCAUGGCCAAAUGGAGCUCAAAACAAUGGUUGAUGCCAUAGCUGCUGUAAGUCAAAGAGAAGCAGAAGCUCAUGAGAAAGCAAUCACACUGUCAAAAGAGAAUGAUGAGCUACAAUUAAAGCUAGAAGCUUGUGUUGAGGCAAACAAUGAAUUACAGAUAAAGUUUAAAGCCCUAAUAGAGGAAAAAAAUAGUCUCGUUGAAAUGUAUGAACGAGCUGCUUCUGAAAAUAACCAUAAAACUUUGAAUGAAGCUGAUAGUACUGAGAAAAUUGACAUGGAAGUCGAUAAUAAUGGCAUGGAAACUGUUGUUAACAACCUAAAGCACCAGCUUAUGGAAAUGCAUGAAGAGAAUGAGAAAUUGAUGGGUUUGUAUGAAAAAGCUAUGCAUGAGAGGGAUGAAUUCAAAAGAAUGCUUUCUUCCAGUAGACAGAACAGAGUUGAAUAUAGAGAACUUGAUUGCCCAGAAAAGCUUGUUGAAGUUGAUGGAGGUAAACAUCCCGACUUGUGUGUGCUUCCAAUGCACCCUGAAGCAAAUGGAUUGGAGGAAAAUGACAAGGUAUCUGCUUUAGCUGAUGAGACAAAUAUUUAUGCUGAAGGAGUUCUUUUCUCCGGCUCUGAUGAUGUGCUCAAUGGACCUAGCCUAUUUCAUGGGGAUUGUCAAGUGGAAGUAGAAAGUCAGACUGGUUCUGUGACAUUUGAUGAUUCAGAAGCAGAGCCAUUAGAUCUGACUGCAGUCAAGGUUUCAGAUGAUCUAAAUGUGCUUAAAAUGAAGCUGGAAACAGCAGAGCAAAAGGUUUCAGAUUCUGUCAAAACCCUCACAGACCUUGGUUCACUUGAGAAAGCUUUUGGGGAGUUUGAUAAGCUUUGGAGGGAAAUUGAAGCAGCAGAAGGGGGGUUUCAGGUCAAGCAGCAAAAGUAUAGAUCCUUGGAACUCCUUUCUUCAGAAAUGCAAGAAAGAAAAGCUCUUGUAGAUAAGAAGUUGUCAGCGCUCAAGUACUCUCUGUCAAACUUUUCUCAAUCAGUUGUUUACUUUGAACAGCGAGAAGGUCGAGCAAGGGCAAGGGUGAAUGCUUCAUCAACUAACCUGGACCGACAAAAAGAGGAAUUGGCCUGUCUUCAAAUCUGCAAAGGUGAAGUUGAGGAUGCCUUGAGGAAGACUCAACACGCUGAAGUUGAGCUAAGAGACAACCUUGCGAUUUUGAAAACCAGACUUGAGGAAGAGAACCACAGGCAAGAGAAUGAAAAGGUUCUGUUUGCCAUAGAUAACAUUGACAAAGUAGAUACCUCAAGGAAAACUUGGCAUUUAGGAGGUAAAGCAACUGAUUUGUUGAAGUCUGAAGAAGAGAAGACCAAAGUGCAAACUGAGAUAAAGCUGUCCCGAGAGAAACUUCGUCUCGUAAGAAGUGAGCUUGAAGAUUUGCACAAGAAGUCUGCGAAGAUAGAGAAUGAGAUGCAAGCUGUCCAAAUGGACAUACAAAAAGGGUAAAAGAUCGUGGAGGAGAUGGAACUUGCAUUGCAGGGUGUAAACCAAGAAAAGGAAACUCUCUUGGAGAUGGGAAAGAAUGGAAUGUCUGAAUUUCAAACUAUGAUUCUUGAAUAUCAGCAGCAUGUGUUUGAUGUAGAUUUGAAGGAAGUGGAGAUGAAGAUAUUAGAAGAAGAAUUGCUGCCAGAGUUAAGAAGAAUAGAAGAAUUGAGAACAGUAAGGGUAGCAGCAGCUGAGAAGGUGAUAAAAUUGAUGGAAGACAGAAGUUGCUGCUUAUCUGAAAAAAUGGAAAAAGAACUGUUAAAUGUUUGGGCUUCACUGGUUGAGGCAAAGAAAUUAUUACUAGGGAAUGGAAAUUCAGAUCACUGUUAGCUGUUUGUUUAAAUAUUGUUUCAUUCACAUCUGUACAGAAAGGUCACUAUCUUGAUGUCCUGUUGAUCACAUCUGUUCAUGUUUUGUAACUGGGAUAGCUCAGGGUUAUGUGUGUAGUAACCAGGCAUUUCUUCUACUGGUCUGAACUGAACCAAAUUAGAAAGAAAAAGUAAAUCAUUCAAUUCAGUUUAAUUUGAUUUAA